AUGUCAUCACCAGCUGGAUCUUCUUCUGGUAUAACAUUAGUUGCAUCUUCAUUAACAACAAUACCUUUAGAUGUUCAUCAUCUUCAACAUCAUAAUAAUGAGGGGGAAGAAAUGUUAGAAUCACAAGCUUUUCCACAUAAAUCAAAAUAUUUUUCAACAUCGCCAAAUAAUAAUAAUGGAAAUAAUAUAUCACGUACUCAACAAAAAUUAAUGUUACAACGACAACAUUUUCUAUCUGAUUAUGGUGAUGACGACGAUGACAUUUAUUAUAACAGUAACUAUAACAGUAAUAAUGAUUAUAGUAGUAAUAGCAAUUAUUGUUUCAUUAAUCCAAAAAAUCAACUGAGAUUAACAAAAACCAUCGAAAGAAUUAAUAGAGAAUAUUGUGCAAUAACAUUGCAUCAAGAUCCGAUGAUCGAAAGUUUACACAGAGUUUUUGGAAGAUGCAUCCAAGAACAUCCGGAAAUUUUAGAUGAGGAUUUUAGUGGUGGUGGUUAUAACAGCAACAACAAUAAAAGAAGUGGGUUUAGUAGUAGUGGAGGUAAUGGAAAAGGCAGAGUGUUUUGA